UGAUGUGCAUACUGGCCAGGUACCAUUUGCUCCCCUCUCUGGUUUUGCUCAUCCUGCUUGUCGCCUGCACCAUGGGCUGUAUUCAGAGCAUUGCAUGCAAGCCCCGCAUCAGGCGGGAGAACAUUGUGGUGUAUGAGGUGUCAGCCUCCAUAGACCAGUGUCCCACCAUCAUUGAGGAGAACUCCCCCAUUGUGCUCCGUUACAAGACGCCUUACUUCAGGGCCUCAGCGGGAGUUGUGAUGCCACCCGUGCCCCGCAAUGAAACCUGGGUGGUGGGCUGGAUCCAAGCCUGCACCCAGAUGGAGUUCUACAACACCUAUGGCGAUAUUGGGAUGUCCAGCUGGGAGUUACCUGAGCUGCGAGAGGGUCGAGUCAAGGCCAUCAGCGACUCAGAUGGCGUCAGCUACCCCUGGUACGGCAACACCACCGAGACGGUCACCCUCACCGGCCCCACGUCCAAACCGUCCCGUCUGACCGUAGGCAUGAACGACAACUUCUACCCGAGUGUGACCUGGGCAGUCCCCAUCAGCAACAGCAACACGCCCAUGCUGACCCACAUCACGAGGGACCAGAGUUUCAUCACCUGGCUGGUAGCCAUGAACUCCGUCACCAAGGAGCGUAUUGUGCUGCAGACGGUGCGGUGGCGGAUGCGAGUGGACAUAGCUGUAGAUCCAGACAUGCCUCUGGGCUCCCGGGCCUCACUGAUGGGUCGUUCCUUCCAGGAGCAGCCACACAUCCUCAACUACCAGGAGCCCAUCCCUCCCAACGCACUGGGGAGGCCCAACGCCAACGACGCCCAAGUGCUAAUGUGGAGGCCACGGAGAGGGGCUCCACUUGUAGUAAUACCGCCAAAAUAAGAGGGUCAUGAAGCUGCACAGACAAAAAAAAGUCGAAUUGUUCCCUUUUGCAGAAAAAUGAGGGUCGUGAAGUUUGAUUAAGUGUGUCAAAGAGGAGAGAACUGAUGGUUUCACUGCGCUCAAGAUGCCAGCGGAUCAUUGUACCUGAGGGAUUUUAGUGGAACAUUGAAGCAAGCUGGAGUGGAUAUUACUGUUUGGAUCUGACACAGAAUGGUGUCAUGGGGAAAAUGAGCCGGCAGUGAACUAGUAUCAGGGGCCUGGAGUUGCACUGAGGCUUGUUUGGCCCCUGGCAAGUUUUGGACUGCUUUGAGAAGACUGCUUUUAGACGUACCGCGGAGGUAUGAGUCCACAACCGGAACUGCAUCCUGCAUCCUUAUGUAGAUCUUAUUGCAUGAGAGAUUGAGAGACAAAAAAAACUGUCGUUGAGAAGUUUAAGAAUAGCAUUUGUUUUUUUUACAACUUGAUACGUGAAGACAUUUUGAUUGAAAAGUCAGCCAAAAAACCCUGCGGCUGGUUAAACCUUGUCAGCGCCAAUCCAGGCCUUCAGAACUCUCCAGAGUAACAGGAUGUAUUCAGAAAACUUAAGACACAAAAGUAUUAUAUUAUUAUAUAUGGAUCUUUUUAGGUUAAGAUUUCAGUCAUACAUCAAUCAGAUUGUAUUAAGAACAUCCAACCCAGGUGAUCAAAUGUGCUGUAGUUGUCACUGGAGU